UAACCCAGAUCGGCUCGUCCAGUUGAUUCUCCGACACUGGCUGCCAGUAUCGUGUCACCUGCCGAAGUCUCGAUUCGAGUCCACCUUCUCCGUUUUAUCUUUCAAGAACUGUUGGCCCGUUCUCUGAGCUUGAGGAAAGUUUCAUCGUCGUUGUACUUACCGUCCUUCUUGACGAUUGCUGCAAGUGCGGUUCGUAGACGAUGAACGUUUCGACGACAAAGACGAUCCUACCAAAAACGAGGACGAGUGUCUCAUGCCAAUGACGAGCCCUCGCAAGAGGAGUACUGAAAGACACGGUGGAGGGCAACGUGUGACGACAUAUUGCUUAAUUGUAGAAAGGAUUACUGCUUGACAAUCGCACUGUAAUCUUUGGUUGGCCGUUUCGGAGAAAUCAACGAGAGGGACGCGCGUGAGUAUUGGGGGGAAGGAAGAGUGAAAAAAAGAGAGAGAAAAAGAGUGAUAUCGCUAUCGCGGAAGAAGGAAGAGAGAGAGAGAGAGAGAGAGAGAGAGAGAGAGAGAGAAUGUUGGGCUCGAGAAGAGUAACACGUGGAGUGAGGAUCUUGACAGUGACCUUGGCGCUCGCCUGUCUCUUUGAGGCGGUCAAGGUCAGAGCCAAUGAAGAAAAGCUAAGGAGUAGAAUAGCCCUCAGAGAUGACGCAGGCGGUGGUCUGGCUAUCGGCGAAACGAACGAGAUCCAAGGGAAUGAGGAACAUCCUCACGCUCAGCCAGGUAAGCCGAGCAAGUUUGACAGGGACGACUCGCAAUUGACGCAUUCGGAUCAGGAGGCACAGAACGAAGUUGAGAAGGCAACAGAGACGUCAAUGGAGAAUUUGGCUAGCAACAGGGUAGCUGCUAAUUCUUCUGGACUUUCGUUAGACUCGAGGACCUCGGCGGCAAUCGCGUCGAUGAGCUGCGAGGAGAGCGAGACCUCGGCCCUUGGGUGCCUCGAAGCUCAGCUGGAAGAGUUCGUCGAUCGUUUGUCCACGAUCGAGACGUACAAUUUAACAGAUUCGAUUCAGAUAGUAAGGAGCGUCAACGAAUCGAGCGCUCUACCGAAGGAUGAUCGGGAUGGAGCACGGGAGGAGCAUUCGUUGCUCGAGAAGGUCGAGCGGUACGCGCUGCAGCAUGUCGUCCGGAUAAAGCUGCCUCGAGAGCUGAUCGCGUCGAGGGAGUCCAGAACGUUUUUCGGCGCCAUCUUUCAGGGAAAGAGUUCCUUUUUAACAGGAUUCGGGCUUGGUUUUCUAGCGUUCGGCCUGAAGAAGUUGCUGUUACCGCUGAUUAUCGGCGCCCAAAUCAUAAAGAGCGUUCUGAUAGCGCUCUUCCUGCCGAGCAUCAUAGGCAGCAUUGGUAAAUUCGUUGGCAAGGGCGUCUCGUCCUUUGCGCAGAGUUCGCAAGCCGCGAACCAGCAGCCGGAGGAUAACUUCGAGUUCAAGGACAACUUUGACCUCUACAGCGAUCAGUACAUGAACAACCAGCCAGUUGGCACGUUGCCUGCGUCAGCCAUGUACGAGGAGAGAGUACCUGGUGCAAAUAACGAGAUUGCCUCUCGUUACUCUCUCGCCGACUCGUCUCUUCCCUCUCAGAGAAUUUCCGCGUCUCACCUACACUCGGACCGUUACUAUUCGAGAACCGCUGCCCUGCCGACUCUGACCCUCUCCAAGAAACAGGACUUUAAGGUCUUCCACGAAAUCCCAUCGAGUUCCCUUCUUCUGACGAACUACGAUCCAUUCUACUCGCCGCUGCUCUCGCGACUGGACGCUGUCUUCUCGCGACUGGGACACACCAGCGAGGGAUGCCGCGAGUACGCAGUCUGCGCAAUGUACCGGAACCCGGGCCGCUUUGCGCCCUAUUCCAAUCUGGUCUCGGCGCAGCUGUCGCGCGAACUGAACGAGCUGCGGAAGCCCGCCUCCGAUAAUCCGGACGUCCUCCGGUUCUUCAGAUACAUGAAGGCGGCCAAGGACGGCCAAGAUGGCCUGCAGUGCGAGGAGACGUAUCGGGAUUGUGCGAGGGCAACCGAGGAUCCUGCGCUCGGCCAGAAUCAGGCAAUGCUCGCGACUUACCAAGACAUCGAUAAGCUGGUGCGAGCUAGGAAGCUCUAGUGCCAGGUUGUGCGUCGGUCGCUUCGAGGGAAAAGUCGAGGAAAGGAAAAAGACAGGGAGCAAUCGGAGAAUAUGAUAACGCGUUGACCGAUGCAACGGGUCGGCCGUUAUUUUCUUUGGCUCCGGCCUUUUCUCUCUUUCGUUCCUAGUGAACGUCUUCAGCUUCGCCUCCUCCUAUCCAUCGUUUCCUUCCUCUUGGCACAGAUUACCUUCUGUCGCGUUUCCACCAGUAAUUUAUUUCGGAGACUGGCAGAACGUGAGUCUGGGCCAAUCGGAUGGACGUUAUGACGUCCUGCAACGAGAGGCAGAAGUUACGUCAAUUCGCAAACCCUUGUAUGACGGUUAAAUAAAUUCGAUUGUUUGGCGAGUCGAAAGACGAA